CUGGGGCUUCGCAAUCAUCUGACCAAUCUGAACGUUGUCUCUGCUUCCGAGACCCUGGACGAAGCUGCAAGAGAUGCGGAAUUUACAUGGAAAUCGUCCCAGCGAUAAUCAACGCGCACACACCCGCGCUACUUUGGCGGCUCUGGUAGCUACGUAAUGGCAGCCUUGGUACGCUGCAUAUAAGAACUGCUCGGUAGCCCACAUUCCCUUCGACGCGUUUACCUCUCUACCUUGUCUCAACGUCUGUCUCACCGUCCUUAGGUAGAGCACUGGCUACACAUAAUCGUCUAGCCAGGCUUUGAGUUACACCACGACGACAAGGCCGAUCACAUUGAGGUGACGCGAUGCGAACUUCUACAUUCGGCGCCUUGCUGGCCGCUGCGUGCAGCGCUGCUGCUGCCUCGCAAGACUAUCCUAGUAAUGAGCUUGCUUACUCCGAGCCGCAUUAUCCAUCGCCAUGGAUGAAUCCAAAGGCGGUGGGCUGGGAGGAGGCCCACGCGAAGGCCCGGGAUUUCGUAUCACAAUUGACACUUGCCGAGAAAGUCAACCUGACGACAGGCAUUGGAUGGGAAAGCGGGCAAUGUGUCGGCGAGGUUGGUGGCAUUCCGCGACUUGGCCUCCGCCAACUCUGCAUGCAAGACUCUCCGCUCGGCAUUCGAUUUGCCGAUUUUGCGUCUGCUUUUAGCUCCGGUCAAACUGUCGCCGCUACCUUCGACAGAAGUCUGAUGUAUCUUCGAGGUAAAGCGAUAGGUGAAGAGCACAGGGGAAAAGGUGUCAACGUUGUGCUAGGCCCUGUCGCCGGGCCACUCGGCCGCGCGCCGGAGGGCGGGCGAAAUUGGGAGGGCUUUUCACCUGAUCCGUAUCUCACCGGUGUUGCCAUGGCCGAGAGCGUGAAGGGUAUCCAAGAUGCUGGCGUUGUCGCCUGCGCAAAGCACUUCAUCUUAAACGAACAAGAACACUUCCGCCAGGUUGGAGAAUCUGUCGGUAGAGGUUACAACAUCUCAGAGACCCUCUCUUCCAAUAUUGACGAUAAGACCAUGCACGAGACGUACCUCUGGCCGUUUGUGGAUGCGGUGAGGGCAGGUGUCGGAUCGGUUAUGUGCUCGUAUCAACAAAUCAACAACAGCUAUGGUUGCCAGAACUCGAAAACACUGAACGGUCUUCUCAAGGGCGAGUUGGGGUUUCAAGGUUUUGUCAUGAGCGACUGGCAAGCUCAUCACGCAGGUGUAUCUGCCGCUGUGGCUGGCAUGGACAUGAGUAUGCCAGGCGAUACGGAAUUUCAAACUGGACUGUCCUUCUGGGGAGCUAAUCUCACUGUCGCUGUUCUAAAUGGGACUGUUCCUGCGUAUCGUAUUGACGACAUGGCUAUGAGAAUUAUGGCAGCCUUCUUCAAAGUCGGGCAAACUGUUGAAGGACUAGAGCCCGUUAAUAUGGAUUCUUGGACAUUGGAUACAUACGGCUACCUCCACGCAGGCGUCCAAGAUGGCUUUCAGCAGGUCAAUUGGCAUGUUGACGUGCGAGCUGAUCACGGGAACCUCAUCAGAGAGAUUGCGGGCAAGUCAACUGUUUUGUUGAAGAACGAAGGUGCUUUACCCCUCAAGAAACCAAAAUUUCUUGCCGUAAUUGGUGAAGAUGCUGGCCCGAACCCUCUGGGGCCCAACGGCUGCGCUGACCGGGGCUGUAACAAGGGCACUCUUGCUAUGGGAUGGGGCUCUGGCACAGCAAACUUCCCCUACUUGAACACUCCUCUAGAUGCACUCAAUCAAAAGGCAAUUGAUGAUCAUACUCGCCUCGAGGCAGUGUUGGAUAACUAUGCCGCUGACACCAUCGAGUCCCUCGUCAAGCAAGAUGGCGUAACAGCCUUGGUUUUUGUCAAUGCCGACUCAGGCGAAGGGUUCAUCGAGGUUGACGGCAAUGAGGGAGACCGAAAGAAUCUAACCCUGUGGGGCAGUGGCGAUGAGCUGAUCAAGAAUGUGUCGUCCGUGUGCAACAACACAAUCGUUAUUAUUCAUUCUGUUGGCCCUACUCUCGUUACUGACUGGUAUGACUCUCCUAAUGUCACUGCCAUCUUAUGGGCUGGUUUGCCCGGCCAAGAAAGUGGCCGCGGCAUAGUUGACGUUCUAUACGGAAAAGUAAAUCCUGCUGCCCGUACACCUUUCACCUGGGCUGCCAACCGCGAAGAUUACGGUGCAGAGGUACUAUACGAGCCAAAUAACGGCAAUGGCCCACCACAGCAAGACUAUACGGAAGGUAGCUUCAUCGACUACCGUGCCCUAGACAAGGCCGGUAUCAAGCCAAUCUUCGAGUUUGGUUUUGGUCUAUCGUACACCAGCUUCAAAUAUGCUGAUAUCAAGGUGGAAAAGACCAACGCUGGCGAAUACAAACCCACAACGGGCAAGACUGCAGAGGCACCGACAUUUGGCAACUUCUCUACAGAUAUUGAAGAUUAUGCCUUCCCCAGCUCCAUUCGAUAUAUCAGGGAAUUCAUUUACCCAUUCUUGAAUACGACAUCAUCUCUCAAGGACGCUUCUGCGGAUCCAUUAUACGGGCAAGCUGCCGAGGACUUUUUGCCUCCUGGAGCACUUGACGCUGAAGCUCAAGAUCUUCAGCCUGCCGCACCCGCCCUUGCCGAUGUUCCUGGAGGAAACCGGCUACUGUGGGAUGAGUUAUACAUCGUCACAGCCACAAUCACCAAUACUGGUGACAUUGCUGGUGACGAAAUCCCACAGCUCUAUGUUUCUCUAGGCGGACCUGAUGACCCGCCAGUCGUUCUCCGUGGCUUCGACCGAAUCCGCAUUGAUCCCGGUCAGACGGUGACCUUCCGCGCCCCGCUUACGCGCCGCGAUGUGAGCAACUGGGACACCGUUUCUCAGAAUUGGGUCAUAUCUGAACACCCCAAGACAGUCUAUGUCGGCCCAAGCAGCCGAAACCUGCCGCUGAAGGCCGAGCUAUCUUAGGAAUAGAGCCGUCAUAUGUGUCUGGGAGAGAGCGCAGAAAAGAAAAAAGAAAAAUGAAGAGAGGACUUAGGGAUUAUAUAUCUCCGUGUAUUACUUAGUUGUAAUCAUUAAUGCCAAAAUCAAUUAAUAGGCAUACUUGAAUUAUCUUGAAUAUUGGUAAUAGUACCUUGCUCAAAACCCAGUUCCUUGGAACUUAGCCUUGCAACCGUGUGUAAAAUUAGUGGGUUGCAAGGCGCUUAUGAAUGUAUAGGACAAUUCACUUCUUUAUUU